ACGGCCAGCCAGAGUUUAAUCAUACUUAGUAAGGCACCCGUUGUACUAAGUCGAUAUUCAGUCAGUGAUCAUCUUUUGACCGACGCGGACGCGGACCUACGGUAUCGAAUAAUCUAUUGGGCAUCGAGCAGGCCCUCUCCCGAGGGUUCGAGACUAUUUUUGUACCGUACCUUGUUUUGAUUGAAAAUUGCAGCGGUGGAUACCGUUUGGCCGGAGGCGUUUGAAAAGAGCAAGCUCCUGAGGGGCUAACAAGAACACUACUCGUCCUUGUGAGGUGACCUACUUUUGGAUCGUGCGUUGCUGUCGCACCAGGUCCCAGCCAUGGCAUCCUCGCAGCACCCGCCCCAACCUUACCGAAGCGUAGCGGAUGCCUAUGCCAACCGGACCCUGUUCAUAACCGGUGCAACGGGUUUCAUGGGCAAAGUCCUUGUGGAAAAAUUACUUCGCGAUUGCGCCGAUGUCAAGUGUGUUUACCUCCUGAUUCGUCCGAAGAAGGGUGUGGAUGCUGUCCAGCGGCGGGAUGACUAUCUGCGGCACAUUGUCUUUGACCAUGUGCGUGAUACAAACAAGGCUCAACUGGAGAAAAUCAAGCUUAUUCGGGGGGAUAUUUUGAGCGACGGAUUGGGCAUAAGCGACGAAGACCGAAUCUUGCUGACCGAAAACGUUGAGGUAGUGUUUCACUGUGCGGCGAAUGUUCGGUUCGAUCAGGAGCUAAAACAAGCGGUUAAUUUCAACACCAAUGGCGCGCUGCGAGUGUUGGGCCUGGCCGAGCAAAUGAAGCGGCUGUUAGCCUUCCUGCACGUGUCCACCUCGUACUGUCAGUGCAACGAGGAGGUGGUGGAAGAGAAAUAUUAUCCAGCUCCACACAAUCCGCUGGGGAUCUCCAAGCUCACCGAACUGGUCAGCAGUGACGUCCUGGGACUUGUUACUCCAAGCUUACUGAGUAAUUUGCCCAACACUUAUGCCUACACGAAGGCCCUGGCCGAAGAUCUGGUAUGCAGCUAUCGAGAUCGGUUGCCGGUUGCAAUCGCUCGACCUACGAUUGUGGUCGCCGCGUGGAAGGAACCCAUCCCCGGGUGGGUCGAAGGCACUAACGGCCCGACGGGACUGAUGAUUGGCGCUGGUCGAGGCGUUCUUCGCACCAUGCAUUGCAAUGCGGACUAUGAAGCGGACAUCGUGCCGGUCGAUAUAACCAUGAACGCAAUAAUUGUCCUAGGAGCAGAGCGCAUUAACAACAAGAACAAACGGGAGGUUAUGUUUUGCAACGUGUCCGGUGCUAAUGUCAACACGCUAACUUGGGGAGAUGCUCUGGAAACUGGGAGGAAACACUUUUACGAUGCUCCCCUCUGUUUUGCUCUGUGGUAUCCGGAUGGGUCGAUGAAGAGUAACUAUUACUACCAUAUGCUCUGUGUGAUGUUGUUCCACUAUUUACCGGCUUAUCUGAUUGACUUUCUACUUAUUGUACUACGAAGAAAGCCCUUCAUGGUUAAAAUUCAAAAGCGAAUCACGCAAGGACUGGAAAUACUUCAGUACUAUACUACGAAAGAGUGGGUUUUCAAAAAUGAUAACAUGCGGACAAUGUUCGCUAGACUGUCAGAGGAGGACCGUAAAAAGUUCAAUUUCGACAUGUCUGAUGUACACUGGCCCACGUAUUUCUUGAACUACAUUCUGGGAGUUAGACACUACGUGCUAAAAGAAGCACCGGAUACACUGCCAAAAGCUCGCAGAUUGUUACGCAAGUUAUACAUUUUGGAUAAAAUAGUGCAAAUCAUAUUCUACACACUUCUGCUCUGGUUCGUUUGGUCCUACUGGAAUGUGGUGCUAGGGUCGAUUCAAUUCGUUUUCGAUAAUGGUAUUGAGUUUGCCCGGAAAGUUUUUACACCAACUCGACAUGUUCCAGCUCGUUUGUAGCCUGUAUAUUUUCAAUUCAGUAACUCUUUUAUGUGUAACAACCAAAAAUUGCUAUUUUAAUGAGAACUGCAAGACACAAAAUAUACCAUUGAUAUUCUUUUUUAAAAUAAAUGUUAA